AUGCCGGCCGCACUCACGGACGCCAGCCAAAUCAUCUGCGAGGUUUGGGCCAGCAACGUUGACGAUGAGAUGAGGAAAAUCCGACACAUUAUCCAGAGCUACAACUACAUCGCCAUGGACACGGAGUUCCCAGGAGUGGUGGUGCGUCCAAUCGGCGAAUUCCGUAGCACGGUGGACUACCAGUACCAGCUGCUGCGCUGCAACGUGGACUUGCUCAAGAUCAUCCAGCUGGGCCUCACCUUCAUGAACCAGGAUGGGGAUUACCCUCACGGCACCACCACCUGGCAGUUCAACUUCAAAUUUAACCUCACAGAAGACAUGUAUUCUCAGGACUCGAUCGACCUUCUGCAGAACUCAGGACUUCAGUUCAAGAAGCACGAGGAGGAAGGCAUCGACACGCUCUACUUCGCCGAGCUGUUGAUGACGUCGGGCCUGGUUCUGUGCGACAACGUCAAGUGGCUCUCGUUCCACAGCGGGUACGACUUUGGUUACUUGGUGAAACUCCUGACGGAUGCUAGGCUGCCUGAAGAAGAACAUGACUUCUUCCAGAUCCUAAACCUCUUCUUUCCUGCCAUCUACGAUGUUAAGUACCUAAUGAAGAGCUGCAAGAACCUCAAGGGCGGCCUACAGGAAGUAGCGGACCAACUCGAGCUGAAACGGAUCGGUCGGCAGCAUCAGGCGGGUUCUGACUCGCUGCUCACCGGCAUGGCCUUCUUCAGGAUGAAAGAGCUCUUCUUCGAGGACAACAUCGACGACGCCAAGUAUUGCGGCCGCUUGUACGGUUUGGGCUCGGGUUCCACGCAACCCCAGAAUGGCAUCUCCAGCUCAGGCCCGGAGGAGAGCAACAACAAGCACUGA